CGGAAAAUCUGUCUGCCAUUAUAAAGAAACAUGAGGACUUGAGGAAUGUCAAGUUAAAUCAAGUUUGUGCAGAAGCUAUAAUUAUAGCUACUACAGACGAAACUGGUACUGUAAAGUAUGUUAAAACUUUGGAAUCAGAGAAUCAUCAACUUUUAGAUCACUACUGUCCAAAAGUUAUUGCUUUUGGCUUACAGAAUUUUCAUAUGGAAACCAUGAAAGAAAUGAGGGAAUAUACUGAGGGUGAUUCUUUCACACAGCUUUUAAAUAGCAGAGGACAACAUCUGGAAAAGAGUAAAAGAAAGAAACUUUCUGUUAAUGAAAUCUUUGCAGAAGUUUGGGAACCAGCAAAAAAGCAAUGGAUUGAUCAAUGCAUAAAAUUGAAAAUAGGAGACCUGUUCUUUUCAGAUUUUCGAAAACAUUUUCAGACAGAUAAUUUAGAAAAGUUAAGACUGGAAUUAAAGAAGCAUUAUAAAGAAGAAAACGCUGAUUGGAUUGAUCAGAGAAUUCAUCAGUUUAAACAAUAUAAAACAAUUUGCAACUGUUUAGACGGAGCAAAAGCAAUUAUGAAAAUAGUGAGAGCUUAUAAUUUGAAAGGAAAUUUCAGUCAAAUACAGGAUAUUAUGAAGUUGACUGGUAAUGCUAAUACAAAAAUGAAGACCCUGGAUGAAGAUCUACUGAAAACUUGCUCUGUCCUGAGUGAAGUUGAUAGUGAAAAAGCAGCAUGUCUUAAUAUGUUUGUUGAAUGCAAAAAUCUCAUUUUGUGGCUAAGACAAUCAAUGUGCAGUAUCAAAGAGUUGCAGGUAUUUGUAGACUUGGCUAGUACAUCUACAGGAGAAGGAGACAUGGCUGUAGCUAGAGUACAUUGUUUACAUUCUGCUACAACAGGAUAUGGACCACUGAUUUUUAACUUCAAUGAAAACUGUGAUGAUAAGGCAUUUCUCGAAAAAUGCAAACAAGUAUGGAGAGUGCUGUCAACUGAUUCAAAACUUCCAAAGAAACUGCGUGGCACAUAUGAAAAUCUAGAAUGGCUUAAAUCUGUAAAGAAAUCUCAUGGUUCAGUGGAAGUAAACUCAUUAGCCCAAGCAGAAGCCAUUAAUACCAGUGGAGUAUAUGAAGUUGGAUAUUCUGGAGUUGACACACCAGUGAAAAAACUGUUGCUUACAGAUGUGCUUAAAUUGUCUGUAAGUCAAGAAAAGGAGAAUGAUGCCUGUAAAGAAGAGUUAGAAAUGAAUUCAGAGGAAAGAAAGGAAACCUUUGUAUCAAAGACUGAAGAAAAGAAAAAGUACAAUUAUCAGCAACUUCAAGAUCUGCAGUCAAGAUUGAUGUUAGUUGCUGGGAAAGCUGAAAAAGGAAAUGAUGAAGUGGAAAGAUUUACUAUGAUUUUGGACUCAGUGGUAAGGCUUGGAAAUAUAUACACAAAGCUGGUUUCUGAUGGAUGUGUUUUAUUUGCAAACUGGAAAGCAACUUUUCUGUGUGAUAAAAAAAGAGCAGUUUGUGUAUUUAUCAAUUUUGGUCAUGGGAUACAAAUGCAAACACUGAAAGGAAAGACAAAUGAUGUGUCUUCCAUCAUACCCAAAAUUGCAGAAUUCUUAGAACACUGCCACAGAACAUGGCUCACUUAUAUUACUGAAAAGAGGGAACAACACUAUUUGCUGAAUUAUUAUACCAUUGACCAGAUAGUGAUACUACAACAAGAACUUGUAAAAAUGGGCUUGGAACAAAAUCUAACUGAUCUUAUUUAUCCCAUGCUAUCAGCAGUGAAGCAUAACUGUACAAAGGAGGACCUGAUCAAGGCAUUGUCCAUGGCAAAGCAUGAUGUCAUUCAGAAGGAAUCCUCUGCAAAUGCAAAUCUUGCAGCAGAUAGUGAAUCAGAAAUCUUGGCUGAAGUAGAACUGGAUGAAACAGCUGAAGCUUUGUUAAAGCAGAUAAUUGACAAUGGAUAUCCAGAGGAGUUAGCUAGAGAAGCCUUGAAACACUGUGAUGAAGACCUUGAAGAAGCUCUUUUAUGGUGUGACGAUCAUGAAGAUGAUAACAUUAUUAAAGUGACACAAGAACAGAUUGAUGUGGUUUCUGCAGACAAACUUCUGGAGGAAACACCAUAUUCUGGAUGGCAAAAUGCUUUUAAAAAAUUACACUCUGCAUUACAAGACCUAUGGGACAAGUUUCUGAAUUCAGUAUCCUCCAGUGUAUCUGAUUACCUUAGUGCUGAGCAUCUUGGUCUCAUUUUGGAAAGAUUGGCUGAACAAGAAACUGUUACCAUUGAAAGAACAUUGCCAGCUUACUUCAAACUUGGAGAACCAAAUCUUGUCAUCGUUCAAGAAAAUGAGAUCUACAACACAUGUUUGUCAAUUUACAACCAUGAGGAUGAAAAACCACUGCCGCAGUCGGACGAAGUACUUCUCUGUUCUCCUAGCACUACACUGGAUAUGGUAGAAAUCUUCUGGAGGAGAGCUUUAUUUGCAGAAAAUGAUAAAAUCUACUGUUUAAUUAAUGCUGACCUCUUGGACUAUGAUAUUGCUGAUAGAGCUGAAAGAAAUCUGCAAAGUCUGAUGACAAGCUUAAAAAGCAAGGCUAAAAAGUAUAAACUAGUAAUCCUCUGUUGUGCAGAAAAUGAAAACAAAUCAGUAAUUGUUAGAGCUUUAUGUAAAUUUCAAAGACCACAGUUGUUUGCAGUAGAGAUUCAAAAUGUAAAGCAGUAUCUUCUGGGAAUGUUAAAAGUUGAGGAACCAGUGCAUGGUAUUAAACCUGCAGCAGGGGUAGAUUUUGAAAGACACUGUGGAAUAAGAGAUCCAUCAUGGUCAGAAUUACACCACUUUGUUAGCUUCCUGGAUGCCCAACUACAGGACUUUGAAGUUUCAUCAUUUUGUAGCUCAGUUGCUUUGCAAGAUUUGCCAGGAUUUCCAAAAUUUGUAUUAAGAUUUCUUAUACAAAUGUCAAGGGAUUUUUCAACUAGAUCACUAGUUGUGAGUGAAGAAUCACCUACACAGGUUUUCCAAGUCAUACAGGAAAAUGAACCACAAGAAGAAAAUGAUGGGAUUAUAGAACAGUAUCAAAUGAGGAGAACUUGGGAAUCAAGUCCUCAUCCAUACUUAUUUUUCAACCCUGACCACCACAGCAUGACUUUCCUUGGAUUUAAUAUCGAAAAAGGAACAGGAAAUCUAAUAGAUCUGCAGACAAAAGAAGUUUUGGAAAAGAAUAUCAUGGAAAAGAAUCUAUUUGAUGCUUUAAUAAGAAACAGAGUUAAUCUAAGUGAAAAUUUCGAUAGUCUUCCAAGGCAUGAAAAGAUCUUAAAACUGUGCAAUGUUAUGGGAAUAGACUUGGCACAUGAUCCUGAUCCAACAUAUGAGUUGACAACAGACAAUGUUAAGAAGAUCCUGGCUAUUUAUAUGAGAUUCAGAUGUAGAAUACCAGUGAUAAUAAUGGGAGAAACAGGAUGUGGAAAAACUCGACUAAUCAAGUUUAUGUGCUCACUACAGCAACCCCCUGGAGUGGAAGUUAAAAACAUGAUUCUGAUGAAAGUUCAUGGAGGAACCAAAGCUUGCGAUAUAAUCAGGAAAGUGAAACAAGCAGAAAAAAUAACUGCCAGGAAUUCAAAACAGCAUAUAAACAUGGACACUGUGUUAUUCUUUGAUGAAGCAAACACUACAGAAGCUAUAGGUGUCAUCAAAGAAAUAAUGUGUGACAAAACUUUAGGCGGGAAACCAAUGGAGUUACAUCAAAGACUGAAAAUGGUAGCAGCAUGUAACCCAUAUAGAAAACACUCAAAAGAGCUUAUCCAGAGAUUGGAACAAGCAGGACUUGGUUACCAUGUGGAUGCAGAGAAGACCACUGACAAGCUGGGUCAUGUUCCAAUGAGGAACUUAGUAUACAGAGUUCAGCCAUUACCACAGAGUAUGCUACCACUUGUAUGGGAUUUUGGACAGUUAGAUACUGAAGUAGAAGAGUUGUACAUCAGGCAGAUGGUUCUUAGAUGUGUAAACAAUGGACAUUUGCCAAGUCUACCAGGCUUAGAUAAGAUUGUCAGUAAGAUUCUGACAGUUUCACAAGACUUUAUGAGAAAGCAAAAGGAUGAAUGCAGUUUUGUAAGUUUACGUGAUGUAGAGAGAGUUCUACAGGUGAUGAGCUGGUUUUACAAGCAAAGCCAAGACGAAGAGCAUCUACUUUUCAAUGAGAUAAGAUUCCAAGAGAGGAAGAAAAAUCAGAAAGCAGGUAGAGAAUCCAUCAAAGAUAUUGAAGACAAGUUGAAGCAAAGACAUGAUGGCAUUGAUGAUUUAACAAGAUCACUAGUUCUUGCUUUGGGAGUUUGUUACCAUGCAUGUUUGAAGAAAAGAAAAGAAUACAGAAGAACAGUUGCAAGGCAUUUUAAAACUCCAUUGAAUCUUCCAGCAGGAGCUGAUCAGAUUGAGGAAGAAAUAUUGAACUGCCAGUCAGCAUUUAUAGACAAUGUAGAACUGGCUCAGAACAUUGCUAAGAACAAGGCUUUGAAAGAAAAUGUCUUCAUGAUGAUUAUUUGUAUAGAACUAAAGAUUCCAAUGUUUCUUGUGGGGAAACCUGGCAGUUCAAAAUCUCUGGCGAAAACAAUAGUUGCUGAUGCUAUGCAGGGAAAUGGAGCUCACAAUGAUUUAUUCAGGAACUUUAAACAGGUUCAAAUAGUGUCUUUCCAGUGCAGCCCUUUGUCCACACCAGAUGGUAUUGUUGGCACUUUCAAACAAUGUGCUGCAUAUCAGAAAGAUAAAGAGGGAUUUGUAUCGGUUGUAGUACUGGAUGAAAUUGGUCUAGCUGAAGACUCACCUAGAAUGCCUUUGAAGACACUUCAUCCAUUGCUAGAAGAUGGUUGCUGUGAUGAUGAAGAACCAGAGCCAUACAAAAAAGUUGCUUUUGUUGGAAUAUCAAACUGGGCAUUAGAUCCUGCCAAGAUGAACAGAGGUAUACUGGUACAAAGAGAUAUUCCAGACAAAGAGGAGCUCCGUAAUAGUGCAAGAAAAAUUUGUUCAACAGACAAAAAUGUAAAGAGGAUUAUUGACCCAAUGAUUGACCCCCUAGCCAUAUCAUAUAAUGAAUUAUUUGAUCAGGCUUCAGAAGAGAUGAGAGAAUUCUUUGGUUUGAGAGAUUUCUACAGUUUGUUAAAGAUGCUUUAUGGAUUUAUAUCAAAGUCAAGGAGUAAACCAACUUGGCUACAGCUGAAACACUGUAUUCUUAGAAAUUUUGGUGGAUUACCAGAAGAAGUUAUAAAACCUGUCGACAUAUUUGCUAGAAAUCUUGCAGAGGUAGUCAACAGAAAUGAAGAGGAAACAGAGUAUGAUCCUGAAUGUUCUUCAACUGGAAUGAUAAAAGCAUGUCUGAGUGGUCAAGCAGACAGUGAAAGUAGAUACCUAUUGUUGCUGACAGAAAAUUAUGGAGCUUUGUCAAUUCUACAGCAGAAGAUUUUCUCCAUGCACAAUGCAGAAGUAAUUUUUGGAAGCAGCUUUCCAAGUGACCAAGAAUACACUCAGGUGUGUAGAAACAUCAAUCGUAUCAAAGUGUGCAUGGAAACUGGUAGCACUGUGAUUCUACUAAAUCUAGAAAACCUGUAUGAAAGUCUGUAUGAUGCUCUCAAUCAGUAUUAUGUUGAAUUUGGAGGAGAAAGAUAUGUAGACCUGGGACUUGGAACACACAGAGUCAAAUGUAGGGUACACAAGAAAUUCAGAUUGGUUGUUGUAGCAGAAAAACAAGUUGUAUAUGACAAAUUUCCUAUACCACUGAUCAAUCGUCUUGAAAAACAUUUCUUGUCGAUGAAUACAAUGUUAACAGGAGAACAGGCUGAGCUUACCGAAGCACUGACUGAAUGGGCCGAAACUUGUGCAGCAGACAAAUCACCUAAUCAAAUUGGAUACAAGAAAGUGGAAAAAAAGAUAGGUGAUACCUUCAUAGGGUAUCAUGCAGAUACAUGUGCUGCUAUUAUACAUGAUAUUUGUGAGAAAAGAAAAUCUACAACACAGACAAUUCACAAUGAAAGAGAACAGAUCUUAAAAGAAGGAAAGUCAACAUUGCUUUGGUGUGCUACACCAGCUGCUGUGACACAGAAUGGUGGUGGAGAAGAAAUGGAAAUCUACAGUAAACAACAACAGCAUGAGAGUUUGACAGAUUACCUUUGUAAAAGACUUCAAGAUGACCCUGAUCAAAGUUUCUAUGCUCAGAUAACUACAAACUCUAGGAUCUUGUCACAAGCAGAAUGUGAGGAUCUUUGUGAAUCCAUACCAAUUGACAGACAAAAUGUGAUCUCACUGACAUUACAGCAAUUUCAUACAGAACAACAAUUUAGCAAACAAAUUAGAUCACUUGGUGAUAGUAAAACAGUGUCAAAUUCAAUGCUUAUUGUUCAGUGUGAAUGUGGUGACCAAAAUACAGAACUGAUUGCAUGUGCCAGAUAUUCUAUACAGAGGGAACUCAAACGUAUACUUGAAGAAAACAGUGAGGUCAAAGUCCAUGUGGUUCUUCUUGUACAACUGCCUGGUAUUGCUGGAGAUUCGUUUACUGGUUUCCAGUGUGGAUUGUGGCAUUCUGUCCAUAUAGAUGACUUACGAAUUUCCACAGUUAUUCCACCAUUAUGUGACAUGUGUGACAAGUCGGCCGGUGAAAUACUUUCAAGCUCAAAACAGGAAGUGAAACAAACCAGUGAAAAAGUAGAAACUUUAGAAGAAUCUGAAUUACAAACAUAUGAAGGAGAUAAAUAUGAACCUGAGCUAUUUGAACAAAAAGAAUUUCACAUCAAUAAGUUUAUCAGGAGUUGUGUACUUAAAGCACUGGCCUGUUUAAAAGAUCCUCCUACAGACUCUGGACAUACAUCUGGACGCACAACUGAAAGACUUAACAUUGUUUUAAGACUGCUUGAAAAUAGUCAUGAGGAAAGAAAGACAGUUCUGUCAGGAAUUGCUGAACACACAAAUAAGAUCAUCAGAGAACGAGAAGAAAACUUUGAUACAACAACUUCAUCUAACUGGUUAUCUGUAUUGGCCUCUAGACCAGAAAAUAUUACCAAGGCUGGAACAUUCAGGGAAUGUGUCAGUCAGUUUUUGGAAUCAAAAGUUGUUCCCAUUUUAGCAGGAAUAAUUUCGUUUAUAGACACAAAUAGGAACUUAGAUAUUCUGAUCAGAAAUGAAGAACAGAAACAAAAAUGGCAGACAGAACUUUGGCUCCAGAUCAUUAAUGAUCCUGAAUUGACACAAUUAAACUAUACAACAAUUGUGUCUCCAAAACAGCAACAGGAACUCUCAGAAUAUGUUGUGAAAACAACAUCAUCUACUGGCAGGGUUUUCUCUGCUGUAAUGCCUUUCUCUUGGUUGAUUUACAACCAGAUUGAUGAAGUAUUAGUCAAUACCAAAAAAACUCUACAAGAAAGUGAUGACCUUAUAAAUGUAGCCCUUAAAGCUGCUGACAUAUUUCAAGAUUUUCCAUUAGGAAGACUGUUGUUGAGUAUGGAAGAGGUCACCACACAAGACAUCCUUCGAUGCUAUAUUAGAGAUUUUGUUUUUAUGGUUUACCCAGUUCAAACUGAGAAUGAAUGUAAUCUUAUAUGUGAAAGUGUUGCCAUAGAAUGUAAAACACUGCUCAGGGGAGAAUAUGGAAGGCUUCUUCCCUCUUUAUUUGGUUGUCACAUUGUGUAUGCCUACCAAGCAGCAAGAUUUCAAAAUUUUUCACACAUUGUUUGUGUUUGGCCAGACUGUAGUGAAAAGGUUCUUGACUAUCAACAGAGAGAAUCCAAAAACUUUCUGGUCACCGAUGAAGAAAACACAUUAGACAUCCUAGCUCUUCAGUUACUAAUUGAUGAUCUCAAACCUGUCAAAGAUGCACUGAACAAACCAGAACCUAGAAAUAAAUGGUUACAGAAGGUCUGCCAGUAUAGACCUGUUGUUGAAAGAAUAUUUGGACAUUUCAAACAGGAUGUUCAAAAUCAGGAAUUAAAAUAUGGAGAGCAAUGCCAACAGGGUCUUCAGCAAGCCAGAUACAGAUGGACAAGAACAUUUAUUGUCAAGUUAUUUAUUGAGAAUGUUUGUAUGUCAAAUGAAGAAGAAGGGAAAGAAGUUAUACGGUGCAUGGCUUUGUGGACAAAAUUAGGUGAGACUGAUCCUGACAUGAAGACAUUAACUACAUUUGAAACAAUAGAGAACUAUCUGAAAAAGAGAAAUGACACUGUUUUAAGCCAGUGCUUUGGAAUAUUAUCACCAUGUUUAGCUUGUGAACGCAAGAUCAGCACUCUCCCAGUUAAACUUCCAUGUAAUGAUGUUUAUUGCGAAAACUGUUACCGAGACAUAAUCAUUGAGAAAAAGCAAUGCAUACAUUGUAACGAAACACUGCCAGAAAACUUCAAUCCAGCAGAAUUGCAUAAAAGUGAGAAUUUGACUAAAUACAGAGAUUUCAGAAGACGAUGUAACAGUUUCUUUAUGGAGGUUGUAUCACAGCUUUGUUUUGCUGAAGGAACUCCACCAUCACCAGAUGUUAUAAAGAAACUCCAGUCAUACAUUAUUGGAAAGAGUAAAAAUGAGAGAGGAGAGAAACUCCUGGUUUCUAAGGAAUUAUCUGUGUUUCAGGAUUCUAUUGACCCCACCCCAGUUGUCAGGUCAUUCCUACUGCAACAGCUGAUGCAGACUAGUGGUGUAAAUGUAGAGGAGCAUCUUACUUCCUAUUUUGAGAGUACGUGUCAACUGGUAGAAACAAUUGGAAAGCAGGAAGAAUUAGUAGAACUAUGUCUAUUAAUUUUACAGUGUAUGGAGGACUCUAUUCAUCAGCAGCAUCAUCAAUAUUGUGACACUGCAAAAGAGAUUACCAUAGCAACAAAAUUGAUGAGAGAGACAUACAAUGUUAUUUGCAAAACUGAUAUUGGAGUAUUGGAGAAAAUUAAGGCUAUUGCAAAGACUAGAUUUGCCUUAUCGAUUGUUGCUAAUUAUGUUGAGAAAGUUUUCAGAAUUUCUCAAAAAGGAAUACCAGGUGAUUUAAGAAGACUUUUUGAAACAGCUGGACAACUAUGUGAGGAUUGUCUUUGCCCAUGGCCAAGGCAAUAUUUUGUGAAACAUUUAUGUAGAAGUUUUGGUAUUGAUACUUACCAAGCAGUUCAAGGCAGUUAUGACUUCCUAAGAUGGGUACAGAUACCUGACUUGAAAGGCAAAGAGGUUAAAGAAUGUCAUGACAGGUACAUUGUUUGUGGAGGAAAAUACAAGGCUAUAAGAGAGGCAGUUGUAGCAGUAGGAAUUAGUCAAAAGGAAACUGAACUUCAGAAAAUACUGUCUGUACAACAUACAGAUGAAUGGAGGACAAGGGUGAUGGUUGUUCUAGCCUUACACAGAGAAGUUGCUAUGCACAAUAUUUACAUCGAUGAACAGAAGUUUUCAGAUAAGGGAUAUGAUUUACUCAAGGAAUGUUUGUUGAAGCAUCCAUCAUUUAGAAAUAGGGAAGGAUUACCAAGUUUAGUAAUGACAAAUAAGCUAUGGGAAGACCAAAGAUUCAAUAUUUACAGUGAAAUGAAUUUGACACAACAAAAUAUCAUAUGCUUAUUAACCCAUUAUAUGGUGUUGAUGAUGGAAAUCCCAGGACAGACAACCCUCAUAACUCCACUUAAGAAUAUUGCAUUGUUUCCAGAAAAGAUGGUAAAUGCCUAUUAUCCUACUAUGCCUCAAGAUGAAGCUUUGUAUGUGACAGAGGCUCUGUUGCAAGCAAGAAAAAGCAACAAUGAAAAUCCUGUACUUUACAAAUGUCCAAAUGGUCAUCCAUACAUAAUUGGAGAUUGUGGACGGCCAUAUUAUAAAGACAAGUGUAACACAUGUGGAGCACAGAUUGGUGGAGUAGGACACAAAGCUAUUCCAGGAAAUGUCAAGUAUGAAGGAGAUGAGACAGCUAGAGGACACAUACUUGGCAGAGUGUGUGACAGAAGUCAGAAACAGGCUGUUAUACAUGACAGAAGUUUAGACAAAGAAACAAUAAUACUAAUCAGACUGUUGACUCACAUGUCAAUGUUUGUUGGAUGUAAUUUCAAAUCACAGGCAGUAUUAGAGUCAAUCAGAGUAAAUCCUGGAGUAGAGUUAUCUGAGGUGCCUGACUUUCUUCUUGAACACAUUGAUUUUGACAUUGAGUGUCUGCAUAGGAUACUGGGGAAAAGUAGAGAUGAUGUCUUUUUGCUGAUUCAUCAUUUAUUAGCAACAAUUAUGGAAAAGCAUAAUAUGAGUGUGAUUGGAGAAGCAAUACCUGUUGAACAGUGUGAAUUAACCAAAAAGGAUGGAAGAAUCAAAUGGGAACAAGAAUUUGCCAACCGAUACUCAACUCCAGUUCUCAAGGCAUUGACUGGUACAUUAAAGAAAUGUAAUAAUGAAAUCCUAAAAGAUAAAAGACUAGGGUCUGAUCCUUUGCUACAGUUACUAUAUGAAGUUGACAUUCAGGUAGAAAUGUUGGAUGUUACAAACCUUCAGAAUAUUUCUGCAGUAUGGGGUUACAGAGCAUGUGUAUCUGUUGAGCAUUUAACACAGAUGCUUAAUUCAAGUCAGCAACAAUGUCCAGUAUUGUCUGUUUUCCUGGAAGAGGAAUCUAUUCUAAGAGCACUUAGACAUAUUCCUAGCAUUCUAAGGCUCCAAAAGCUGCUGAUGAAUAAAUACAACAGAAAAUUGGACAAGACUGAGGGGACAACUCUACAGAUUGAUACUAUUAAGAAGGAUAUAGAAAAAGACAGAAGAUCUGAGGAAUUUGGGACUUUACUUGAUGAUUAUGCAGAAGCAUGGGAAUGUGUACGUCAAUCACUUGAAUCUUACACUUGCUCAGUUAAUGGAUCUUUUGUCUCAGUGAAUAAAGAACAUUUAAGAAGGCAAAUAGAUAGCAGAACACCAGUUUCAUUUCUCCUUCCAACUCUCAGAGAUGAUGGUGGUUUAUGUGCCUAUAUGUUACUUAGAUUUCUGCUUGAAAGACAGAACAGCUUCCUAGGAAAAUAUUGCCAGAAAAGUAAUAAAUUGUUUGAUAGUAUGCCAAGAGUUCAUGUGAAGGACAUUUCGUCAGCUCAUCUGAUAAGUUACCAUCCAGAUAAGGACCUGUUACCAAUGGUGUUUGCUAACUGUAAUUACUCAUUUGAAGUUGGUCAGGGAACUAAAGUGGAGUAUGACUUUGCUAAUCUUGAGAGACAAUUGCUGGACAGAUUUCUUUUCUCAAAGUCAGUCAUCACUGGUAUUGAAGAGAUUGAGAUGUUUAGAUACAGAACAGAAUCUACAAAUGCUUUGGUAUUUGAUGAAUUGUCCCAAAGAAUUAAACAAGAAAGAAUCAAUACAACUAUUCAGAAUCAGAUACAAAGUGAACUGCAAGCAAAAGAAUUCUCUGAUUUGUGUGACAGUCUUGUCAAGCUGGAUAUUGCUAUCAGUUUCUUGAAGUCAGUCGGGUCAAACCCUGACAGCUUACUUUUUGAUUUUAUGUCCAAAACCCUGAAAAUACAACAUCCAUUCUUAAGUUCAAAGGCACAGCAGUUUACUAAGUGUAAGAAUACAUUAUCUUGGUGGGUUACCUUGUCAUUGCAUAAAGAGAAACAGCAAGCUAAAUCCAAAUAUAACCAGAAUCUGUUUGACAGUCUAUCAGAUAGCUUUAAGCAGCCACUAAAGUCAGAUCAACUUAAAAUUAUAGAAGGAAUAGUGAAUAGUUUGCCUUUGGAACAUAUUCAUAUUUUACUGGUUCUGACAUUCGAAUGUAUCCUUUUGAGAUUGGAUAUCCCCGAUAGUGACAAUUUGGCAGAAAUCAGCUUACAAGAAAUCCUGAUACCAUACAUAGAUUCUUCACCUUUUGAGAAUGACAGUUUGGUAGGUGAAUAUUUAAAGGAAGCAAUUAAGACACUGCCUUCUGGAAAAAGCAAUGCAAAAGUUACUACAGCACAAAUUGUUGACUUCUGGAAAACAAUAAACAAACUAUUGAUUUCUAAAGAACAGUUCAGGAGAUAAAAGGAUUAUUGAGCAAAAUGUUUGCCAUAAAAACUUUGGCAUAUGACUAUCAGCUUUAUAUAAAAGGAUCAAAUGAAAUACAAAUUAUAAUCAUGGUGUAUGACUUUAAAUCACAUUCCUUAACAAUUUUAUUUGUAUUUUUUUUUUUGCUCAAACAUUUCCUCAAUGAGUUAACAUUAUUCAAUAUUGGACUCAAUAUUUGCCUUAUAACCUAAAAUGUAUGUUUGAUUCAUUCAUUUUAUUUACUCUUUUCAUAUUUUUUUCCACUGAUAUCUUUUCACAUUUUUGCAGAAAUUCAAUGCUGUCAUGAACAUUUAUUUUUCAAUUAAAUUUGUGUUCCUUAUUUCAAAAAAAGAAGAAAAGAAGAAAAAAAUUCAUGUCAGACCCGAGACUACUAUAGGUAGUAAUCUUAAGUCAGCCAUCUUACAUUAUUUUGAAACAAGACACUACUUUCAAAUAUUCCCUUUACUUUUUAUAAACACAACACUUUUUAGUAACAUCUGACAUUGUAGACAUUUUUGUUUCAUUUUCAUAAUUUUAUGCUGUAUAGAUUUUAGCAUGUAAUAUGCAUUUACAAUUUACUUUUACAAUAAUUUAUGGUUAGAGUUUGAAAAUUAUAUGCAAUAUUUUAUCCAGCCAAGCUGGAUUUAUGUUAUUAAACUGGAAUUUAAGCUUGUGCAGAAUUCUGAAGUAAAUGCAUAUUAUAUUUUUACAAAACCAUAUAUAAAUGUAAACAACUUGCAAAUAUAAAACACCAUUUUAAUCAUCUACUUCAUACUUUUGACAUAUAAUUUGCCCAUAAAUGUAAAAAAAAAGUGAAGUUGAUCAAGUCUAAUUUUAGAUAAAUACAAUGAUUUCUAGUGAAAAGAUAAGAUAUCUAAUCUAAGCAGAUGAAAAGAAAUUAUGUAACUAUUUUAUCAGUAUCUUAUACUUGUGGAAGCAAUUGAAUAAAAUUUGGUACAAACUGUGCAUGGAUAUCAAAGUGGAUUUCCCCACUUUUUCAAAUAUUAAAAAAACACGCCCAUCUGGGGGUUGACUUUCCAGUCUGUCAGUGACGCUAUUCCUUGCCAACAAAAGCUAUAUGUUGCCAUGGCAUACAAACAGUUGUUUUCAUCAUUAUUAAUUUUUGUUUUGAUUUAACAAUUGUUCAUUUAUAACUUAUGUCAAAUUAAAAGACAUAGAUAAUUUAUUUCUCUAGAAACAAAUUGAAAGGAUUGACAUAAUAGACUGAAUGUAUAUUCUUUCAAAGGAUCUUCAUUGUAUACAAACCCUCCCAUUAUUACACAGGCAUUCAACAAAUACAAAUUUUUCAUCAAAAUAGAUUUGUAAAUCCAUUAAGCCAUGAUUAAAAUGACCUUUAAAUUGAUGCAUGACACCUUUUUAGCAGUAUUUUCAAGUAACUAGUCAAAGAUUUUUUAUUUUGUAAAUAUGUUUUGUCAGCAUUCAUCUGCAAAUUAUAAUGUUAUAUUAUGUAACUAUUUUAUACUAACCAAGUUUCCAAUACUGAUCAAGUACUGACCAACAAUGAACCAGAAUCUGUAAUCUGACAACACAAUGCAGAGAUCAGCUGACAGAAGAAUAAUCAGUCCUCAAGUGAAAAAUACUUUAUAUUCAAAAUUAACACAUACAUAAGCAUUUGCCAAAUCCUUAAGUUACAUGUACCAGUGUAUAUACCAUCUUUAUGUGUGUAUAGUACACCUUUUUAACGGCCAAAAAAUAGUUGGUAGAAGGGGUGCGUAUUAUACACAACUACAGACGGUUUUGUUUUUUUGUUUUUUUUUUGUUUUUUUAUUAAUAGUGUUUAUUUCUUCAUUAUUGUAUAUGUUCAAGGCGUUUUUUAUUUUAUUUCUUUAUUUGUAAUUUAAAAAAAAAGUUUUUUUUCCUUCUUUAUUGAAUACACAAGUACUGGUGUGACAUCCUGCAUGAGUGAGCUUAAAAUGAAAUUAAGGAUUAAGUAUGGGUGUGUAGCAAUUGAAUAAAUCUUGUCAACUUUUGACAGGUGUUCAAUAUAAUAACCUCAGGCAGUGCUCUUAAUCAACAUGAUAAAUGAAAAGGAAAUAUCUGAUUAAAAAGUCAUUAAAUUUUAAUUACUGCUAAUCAACUUUGAAAAUGUUUGAAGUUUAAUUUCUUUUGUUCCAUUUCAUUCUAAUUAUUUCUUUUAUAAUAUUUGAACAGUGCAUCAGCUUGGACAAGCUUAGACAAACAUUGAUUUCAAAAGGGAUCUUUAAUUAAUAACCUUCCAUUUAUAAAAUUAAUAAAUGUUAAUUACAUGAUAAAAGCUUUACCAUUUAAUUGUUUGUGACUUUAAAAUUAAUUGAUUGAACAAAUUUGUUUUUAAUUUUAAUUUUUCCCUUUCUAUUAUUUUUUUUUUUUUUUUACUUUUUUCGUUUUUUUUUUUCAUUUUUUUUUUAACUUUUUUUUUCUCACGAUUUUGGAGGGAUGAAAAGGGGUGCGUAUUAUACACAACCGUGUACUAUACACGGAUAAAUAGGGUACUUGAAACUAUGUUACUUUACUUACCACUGUUCAUUUUAAAUUUCUAGCUAGGUGUAAAAUUUUUUUUCCCCAACUUUUGUUUAAGUGUCAUGGAAUAGAAAUUCCUUUAUAAUAUAAUAUAAGUUUCAAAUGGAAGAAAUAUUCUAGAAAUUUAUAUCCACUGGAAAAAAUAUUACGAUAUUUGUUCCUACUAAAUAAAGGGUAUGGGAUAUUUGUUCAAACAGGAACAGAUGUAUUAUUGCAUUGUUUAUUAUAAAUUUUCAGAGAAACUUCAAUUAUGAGGAACAAAUAUACAUUGACACAAGGAGCACUUGAGUUAUCUACUACAAUGCUAUUUUUGUUGUGAGACUAGUAAUAUUCUGCAAAUAGCUAUACUAUGUUACAAAUGCAUCUAAAUAACAAUCUUUGUACAUUUUUUUCACAUAAAUAUUCAUUCAUCCUCACCUCUUUUCCAAAUUAUAUGUGCACUUUUUGCUCAAGGGCUUGAAAUUUCACAAAACAUGAUCAUUUUCUGAUAUAACUAACUACUAUUCAUGUCACAAUGGUAAACUAUCCCAAUUAACCCACUAAAAAAAUCUUAAAACUUUAAACUGGGACUUUUCUUGUGGUUGAUUUUUUUUAUAGAUUUGCAAACAAAACACCAUGUUAAUUUAUGUGUUUAAAGAAGUAUUGAAUUCAUUUAUUCAAAUAAAAGAAAUAUAAUACCAGAUAUUUAAUGAUUGUAUUAUCUAUCAAAUUAGCCUUCAUCACUAUCAUAAUUUUUUUAAUUACUUUUUACUAACUGACAUCAAGGAAUAGUAUAUUCUUAAAUUUACAAUUCCUUGUUUUAAUUUUUUGGAUCAUUUUUAGAAUUUUUUUAGAUAUGGUUUAAAAAGUGUGAAACUUAUCUUUUAAAAUAUAGAUUUAUAAACAAUGCAGUUCAAGAAUUUACAUCAAAGUAUUUCAAAGAAGACACAGAAAGAAGGGUGGUGAUGGUAUUGACUAUACUUCUUUUUUGUUUUUGAUAGUACAAAUAUGAUGCAAAUAAACAUAAAAAAACCAAAUGAUUUCUUGGUGGUGUAUUGCAGGUAUUAUUUAAAUAGUUUUGUUUAUUUUUAGAUGUUGAGAUUUUAAUUUGUAAUUAAAAUUUCUUUAUGAAAUCUUGUGGGCAACAUGAUAUCACAGGAUUUGGACAGCAAAUCUCUGUUUUUAUAAGAACCUGUUCAAAUCAGAAGCAUAAAAGUUAAUUGAAUAUCUUUAAUAUGCAAACGUCAAAAUGCAUAUCAGAGUAUAAGAACACAUUGCAACAAAGUCAGUCAUGAGGAAGAUGUUUCAUGUAAAAUUACAAGAUUGUCCUUUCUUUUUUAGAAUUAUAAGAGCAAAAAUUUGUUUUUUGGAAUGAAAAAUGACAUUAUUGUUGUUUAUGAAGUUUGUUUUAAUAAGUUUCUCAUGUAUAAUAUAAAUAAUUUAUAAUCAAUUUAAAACAAUAUAUAUUGUUAAUGAUUCAGUUGUUAAAAAAAAGAUGGUUUAUCUGUGUUUGUUUAUCAUGGGUUUUGGUUACUGAAGUUAGAUAUCAUUAAUCUUUAUACAAUGUAUUUGCAAAAAUCAUUUGGAAUAAAUAUAUUGGAUCAAAA